AUGUAUGAGUUUGAUUAUUUGGCUGAAAAUGAAUCUGAAACUUUAUACCUAUUUGCGACUUCAAAAGAUUAGCCAGUUCAUAUGUGGGAUGUUAACAAAAGCAUAAUCUUUACUUAAUUCAGAUGCUUAAAUCAAGUUGAGGAGACUAUUACUCCAAUCUCAAUUAGGGUUAACCAUGUGCAUAAAACACUAUUAACUGGCCAUUAGAAAGGCAUUCUGAAGUUAUUUGAUAUUGAGUAAUCUCAUGAAGCACCUGAUACACUUGAAUUAGCAAUAAAGAAGAGAAGAAAGAAGCAACCAAUUUCUAGCAUAGAUUAUUCCCCAAAAGAUCCAAAUUUUAUAGCUUUAGGUUCGUUUGAUUCUUCAGUAUAUCUCAUUGAUUAAAGAGUAUUCAACAAGGUCUUUCAUAGACUUACAGAUUUCACAUAAAAAGGCAUUACUUAAGUUAAAUUUUCUAACGAUGGCAAAUACCUUUUAGUUGGUAGCAGGAAAGAGUAUAACAGCAUAUAUUAAUGGGACAUGAGAUUUCCAAGGGAAGCUAUUGUUUGCUAUAAUUAUUCCAGGCUCAAUGAAUCAAACUAAAGAGUAUAUUAUGAUCUAGAUGAAUAAAGUAAAUACCUCUACACUGGUAAUAGCGAUGGUUCAAUCUAUGUUUAUGAUAUCUAGAAAGGAGAGUUUGCUUAUAGUUUUCCUGCUAUGUUUGAUUCAGUAGGUGCAGUUAGUAUUCAUGAUCAGUUUUUAGCUACUAGUUCAGGAAUGAGACAUUUUAAUGAGAAAAUAAGUAUAAACUCAUCGUCCGAUGAUGAGAAUAAUGAUUAGUAACAAAUUGAGGAGGAUGAUAUUUAUAAAAAUUUCAAGAAUGGGGUAAGAGUUUGGCAACUUUAAAAAAUUCAGUGA